CAUGACUUUACUGUCAUGAUAUCCCAACUACACACAAGAAACUCCAAAUCUCGAGCACACAUUUAAAGUUAAACACACGAUGGGCAAACCAAAAUUGGAGAAGGAGAACACGGGACCCACUCUGAUUAGCAUCCAAGAGAUGCAGGAGCGGGAGAAAAAGUAUAUGCAGCGUUUGCAGGACAUCAGCGUUAGCUGUAACUAUAUCAGGGAAUCCACCAUGGAGUUUGCACGCCUCGAGGAGCAGCGUGCACGUCUCGAGCAUUGGGAGCAUUAUUUGCGCUGUGAUGGCCUGCCACGCCCCUAUUUGCCGCCAGAGAUGCGCACAUUUCUCGCAAAGAAACGUCACUAUCAACACUUCAAUACAGUGCACAACGUGGACUGGACAUUGUCCAUAGAUGAGCGCACGGUGUUGAAUCAGAACAUCUUCCGCACAGAUCUCACACGGCGCACGCUCAAAGAGAAUCUAACUGAAAAUAUUGGCGAUCUGUAUGAGGCGGAUAUAUUCAUGUAUGUGAGUACUUUGGUCAAGAUCGAUUGUAUGCUCGGUAAUGCGGCCGAAAUGGAGCGUGUGGAUUUUGGCCGUCAAAUGGAGAUCAUGGAUGUGCGCCGUGAAAUCGAGCAUGAAAUCGAUGACGUUUUCGAUCGUCUAACCUAUCGCAUAAUACGCAUGGAUGGCGUCUACAUGAACUCAGAUAACGCCCUUGUGGCCACCUGGUCUCAUGCGUGCCCCAACUAUACCAUAGAUCUCUGGGCUCUGCGCGAUGUGCCCGUUCGUUUCGAACAAAUGCUCGCCCCGUUAAUGGUCGCCGAAAUGAGCGCUUCGGGCGUCAGUGUUCAGAUGCCGUUGAGCGUGCUGCACGAUUGCCUCACCUUGCGCUGCAUCCACACGAAAUUUGACAACUAUUCGCAAUACGCAAAGAGCUUUGAUCCUUGUUUACCGGAUGGCAAUGUGGAUGUCAAUGCUGGGAUUGUGGAUAUCGAAGAGUGUUUGGCCAACGAGUGGUAUAUGCAGCUGGAUAUACAAACAGAGAUGUUGCUAAGUCUGCUGGAGAAACGCGAAGCCUAUGAUGAGGCUUUGCGCAUCAUUGCGGAGAAAACGGAGAAGUCUAACAAGGAAAAGAAGAACAAUGAGGGCAAUGGAACGAAAAUAGUUAUACCCAAGGCACCCAAGGAGGCGCUCCAGGUGCCGCCCAGCAUGCUACCAGAUGCCUAUAGCACAUUCCUCGAACGCGAACAGCAACAGUAUAUGGAUAUGCUCGAUGAGAUUUACAAUCCAGCUAACCUUAAGUUAGCCUUGGACGAGAUCAAUUUGAGACAGUACAUUAUGAUGGGCGGCCUGUAUUCGCUAAUGUUUAUACGUCGUCCGAUGAAUACGCAUUACCAGAAGCUCAACAUAAUAUUGCAUGAAGAUGGCAGAGUGUUGCACAUUAUGGAUGAUAUUGUGGCCAAUUUGCAUCGGGACGAUGAUAGCCGACCGGGCUCCCGAACUUCCCGGCUAUCGGAACGUCGAUCUAAGUUACGGCUGAAUAUGGAUGAUAAUCAGCGUAGGACCUUUAUGCUCGAGGACGAUGAGUUGCCCUAUUUCUUUGUGAUCAUUCAUAUGCCACGCGAGCUGUGCCUGUGGGGUGAGCCGAUAGCUUGUCAAUAUCUAUGUACAAUAGAGGAGCAAGUAUCGGAAGUUUCGUUAACUGAUGACCGAAAAGAGUCGGUGAUUAAGAAGAAGAAAUCAAAAAUAAGUUCAGCUAGGCACACCGAGCUCAACUGGAAUGAAAGCUUACAGUUUACGCAAAUACCACGUCGCGAAACGUCCAUAAAUGUGUUUCGUCCCACGCUGAUAUCCCUGUUGCGUGUAAGCCGCAAACUCAUGCCCGGGGAGAAUGUGCUGCCACUGCGAAACUUUCAUUUGGUGCAGCAAUUGGAUCAUUUGAAGGUGCGUCAAUUGGAACGAUAUUGUGUGCCGCGGAUCAUAUCCUCGUUCAAGUUUCCGCUGGAGGUCAGGGAGGAGCUAGAACAGCGACCGAAGACCAGAAAUAUGCUGAUCCGUCGACGGAGUGUCGAGGUUGAGGAUAAUUUUGUUGUCGGCGAUUUGGAUUUCGAUUAUGAGGUACAGCAGGCAGCCGAACGCGUGUAUCCCGUCUUUCAUGAUAUCGAGCAUGUCAAAUACGAUGAGGAGGACAUACAGCAGCCGUUCGAAAAGAAAUCCAUUUACGGACUGAUCGAUACCUUUGAGAGCAUAUCGCACAGGUACAUUGCCAGACAUCGCGACAUCACGAAUCAGUCGGAUUUUAUUAUGAAAAAGCUGCCAUCAAAAAAGACUGUAGUACCCAGCCCAGACAGACAGACGGUUCUGCCCAAGUUUAAGUCCUCGAUACGAGUUGGGAGCAGGCAUUCCUCACUGCGCGGCAGUCAUAGUCCGCUGCCGACGUCCGGCUCACAAAUGAGCGGCUAUCGUAACUCGAGUCGUCUUAAUUUAAAUGAUGGAGCAACGGACACACAGGACACCCGGACACCGGAGGCCCCUACGCCAUUGGAGGAAGAGGUGAACGCCGAAAAGCCCAAAGUGAAGGUUAUACGCUGGUCCACCAGGCACAUCAUGUCCAGCCAAUUCGAUAGACAGGCACGCACCAUGCACAUCAAAACCGAUCGACUGGGCAUCUUUGGGCUUGCCUACAAGCGCUACGAGCACUUCCCCUUUCGCGACUGGAGCAUGCAGCCCAAUGAGGAGAAUAAUGAGGAAAUUAUACUGAGCGUGGAUACGUUUCACGCACGUGUCAUACUCUAUAUUACGGCUCAGGGCAUUCGAGGCUAUGUGACAGAUAUAACCAAAAAUUAUGUGGCACAUCCGGUCAAGUAUUUGGAUAUACCAAACCCGAUCUCCGAUAUACGUGAGCUGCGCCGGCGUUUCUAUGAGAAGAGCAUCAACAUCUUUGCGGAGAAUGAUGCCUGCUUUUACAUAGACAAUGGUUACUUUUCGGUGAAGCAUGUGGCCACAGAGGAUCACACCUAUGAUGCCAUGGCACUGCACUGUAAGCUGAUGAAGUUCUAUCGUUCCAGCUGGAAUCGUUUGGCCUCUCGUCGCAAUAUUUUGAUGGGCAUGAAGAAUGCCAAGGAUAAUUCCGACUAUACUGAGGUCACAAUGCGUAUAACACCCGACAGUGUGUCGUUUGUCGAGGUAUCGGAGCUUUGUUCCGAUAAUCUCGAUGUUAUACGGCUGGACUUUAAGAACACGUGGCGCAACAUGAGCAACUAUACGGAUCUGCAUCAGGCAAUCAGCUCGAUGAAUCCCCAUGCUACGGAUGUCAGAAACAAGGACCCACUGUUGCUCUUUCAGGUCAAGCGGAUGCUCAACGAACUGCAUAUAAUGAGUUUUUCGUAAAGUCAUGUAUAGAUUUCUGUAAAUUUAUACGAAUUAAAAUUUUUUGGGAGAAAUAA